AUGGAGCCCUUUCGGUCCCUGGCCCUGUUGGUUGACACCCUGGCCCUGAUCUUUGCUCUGGUUGCUCUGAGCACGGAUUACUGGUUCGUGGCCAUCGGGCCCGGCUUUUUGAUUCACGCGGGCAUCUGGCCGGAGGUGGAUCACGAGUUCGUGCAAGGCUUUAUCCGCGUGACGGAGGCCUUCAGCAUCCUAGCCGCCCUGAGCGGCCUGGUGUCCGUGGUCCUCCUGGGCCUGUCCUACGUCCCCUCGCUGUCCUCCCGGAACCACGGCCCCCGGGUGGCGGCCGUCCUGGCCUCUAUCGCAGCCUUGUUCAUGCUGGUGGCCAUGUCUGUCUACAACGGUUUUCAGUGGGGCCACCGACACCCCCAGAUCCAGUUCUUCUUCUCCUGGUCCUUCUACCUGGGCUGGGUUUCGUUUCCUCUCUGGAUCAUUGCAGGGAUCAUGGGUCACCUCGCUUACACCCGUAACCCUCGGGCUGGCUACGACCAAGUGUGA